CGGGAUGAUCCUUCAGCUCUCUUGUACUCUGGACGUUCAAAUCAACUAGUCAUCAUGGCCGCCAAUUCGCAAGGUAUUCAGACCCUGUUAGAAGCGGAGAAGGAGGCAGCCAAGGUCGUUCAGAAGGCCAGGCAGUAUCGUGUUCAAAAGCUCAAAGACGCUCGUUCGGAAGCGGCCAAGGAGAUUGAGGCCUACAAGGCGAAGAAGGAGGAAGAAUUCAAGAAGUUUGAAUCUAGCCAUUCUUCCGACGUCAACACAUCCCAAACCUCCAUCGAUAGCUCAACAAAGCAGCAGCUUGAAAAGAUUGAUUCAGAUGUCAAGUCUCACAGCGAUCGAGUCGUCAAGUCCAUCGUGGACAGAGUCCUGAAGAGUGAUCCCAAGAUGCACCAGAACUUGAAAAAGGUGCAAGCUUAGGACUCUCCCGGAGGUGAAAGGUGCAACGUGAGGAUUCGUUCCAGGGAUCAGAAUGGCCCUGAUGAAUGGUCCUCCAAACAUAGAACCACUUGGUCUACCAUUGACCUUUGUAUGCAGCAUUGGCUUCUGAG